CGGCCGGCGACUUCGGGAGCCGCUGGGGUUCGUGCGCCGAGCCUGCAGCUCGCGGCUGCCGAGGAGAGCGCGGGAAGCCGCCCCGCGCACUUGGGAGGCAGAGGCAGACGGGUGUCUGUGAGUUCGAAGCCAGCCUGGUCUACAGAGCUAGUUCCAGGACAACCCUGCCUCGAACCCCAGCCUCAACCACAACCCCCCAAAUAUGAUUUGCUGAUACUGCUCAACUUAGUAUCCUAAAGCUGCUAUAGCAUAAAAGUCUUUGAGGCAAAAGGAGAGUGCCUGAUUGAAGAAUGGCAGAAGCCGUCUUGAUUGAUCUCUCUGGUUUACAAUUGAACGCUCAGAAAAACUGCCAUGAGACAUUACUGGAGACACUGGAUAGUAUUCACUCCCACCACACUCCCAAGGCCAAGUUCCUUGGCAUAAUAUGUUGCAGUAAUGCCAGCAAGGAAAAGGAUGGGGAGUAUGGCCUCUGUGAAUUGGAAGCAGGAUAUGGCUUUUCAUGUCUCACGGGAAAAUUCGAGAUUGUUAGCCAUCCCAGCCUGGCUGCCUCUUUGUAUACAAUUAAACAAAAACUGGAUGAAGAAAAUCUGAGCUGCAUUAAGGUGCUUGUCCCCGAGCACAGGAGACUGUUAAUAAAGGCUUAUGUGGGCCAACUCUUCACCGAGGUGUAUGAGUUUGAGUUUGAAGAUUUACAGGUAGCUUGGAGGGAUAGCCUUUUGAAACCGUCCACUGGAAUAAAGGUGACCACAACUCAUGAACUAAAAGACAUCCAGAAUGAAAUAGAAACGUACUUGAGAAGCCUGCCAGCGCUGAAAGGGGACCUAACUAUUGUCACCUCUCCUCUGAUCCCAGACAUCUUCCUGCAUGGAUUUACCACACGGACAGGGGGCAUAUCUUCCGUACCCACUCUCAGCUCCCUCAAUCUUUUCAGUAGUUCCAAACGGAGAGAUCCCAAAGUCGUUGUUCAAGAAAAUGUUCGUAGGUUGGCAAAUGCUGCAGGAUUUAAUGCAGAGAAAUUUUACCGAAUAAAGACUGACCACGCCAGUGAAGUGUGGGUUAUGGGGAAGAAGGAGCCUGAAUCUUAUGAUGGGAUCGUCACAAAUCAGAGAGGACUCACAAUCACUGCUCUCGGCGCGGACUGUAUACCCAUCGUCUUUGCAGAUCCUGUGAAAAAGGCGUGUGGGGUUGCUCACUCUGGCUGGAAAGGCACUUUGUUGGGUGUGGCUAUGGCCACUGUGAAAGCUAUGAUAGCAGAGUAUGGCUGCGAUGUGGAAGACAUCAUUGUUGUUCUGGGACCUUCAGUGGGGUCUUGCUGCUUCACUCUGCCCAAGGAAUCAGCAGUCUCCUUUCACAGUCUUCAUCCUUCCUGUGUGAGACAGUUUGACUCACCGAGACCCUACGUUGACAUCCGAAAGGCCACCAGGAUUCUUCUAGAAAGAGGAGGAAUUCUUCCACAGAACAUACAAGACGAGAAGGAUGGUCUGGACCUCUGCACGUCCUGCCAUCCUGAGAAGUUUUUCUCCCAUGUCCGCGAUGGCCUUAACUUCGGUACACAGAUUGGCUUCAUAUCCCUUAGAGAAUGAGGUUCUUGGCUGGAAUUUUGCAUAAAUGUUUCCUGCAUCCUUCCAUACUGGCUGCAAAAGAAAAUACUUGGAUUUUUGAUUUCUAUAAAACCAUGAGGAUUACAAACAAGAAUUUAUCUUUAGGGCAUGCUCUCACUGUUAGCCAAAGCCCAGGGAUCUGGGUCUAAUUCUUGUGACAACUGAUGAAAACAAUCAAUGUAUCAAUGUGAUGUCAUUCCUGAAGUUCGUUCUCUGUAGUUGUCUAUAAAUCAAGGCCAAGGCUGUUCAGUUCAGUAUUUGGUAGAUGCCAGCUUCUGUUUAGGAAUGAACUCAACACAGUGAAUUGGAAUGAAGACAGCUUUCUCAUUUGAAUCAGAUGCAGUAGGGAGAUAAGUGUUUCCUUCUAAAUAUGCAUUUUUAAUUGCCUUAUAAAGUACUAGGCUUCCUUAUGGCAUCCUCAAGCGCCAUGCUUUUGCCGAUCCUUCCCCUCCCUUUCCCUGUCCCCUUGUGUACCCUUCCAUUCCCAGUAGCCCCUCUUUCCUGUCUCAUGUGUUUUAAUAUUUCUCCCUUGCUCAAUCCUCUUUUUAUGUUCCCUUUCUAGUUUCAACACCUAUGUCCACACUUAUGACCACAGAUUUACAUAUCCAUAUAUAUGUAUGUUUACAUAAGCAUUAAAAGUUAGAAUUUAUAUUUCUAUAUGAGAAAAAACAUGCAGUGCUUGUUAUUCUGAGUCUGGAUUAUUUUGGUCAGCAUAAAAUAAUUCCAUAUCUAUCGAUUUUCUUACAACUUUGAUAAC